AUGCAGAGUAACCCGCCACAAACUGACUUUGGCUCAACUCCAAAUAACGGGAUUUUAAAUCGGUGUGCGAGAAGUUUUGGAAGUUAUUUUUCCUUGGAUGAAGCACAAUUUAAAUUCAGCCUUUUGCUUUAUGGAAUAAUCAACCUGACACCCUGCUCUUCUACAAAAUCACGAGCUAUUAUACCAAAGCGGCAUAUAAGUGAAAUACUUGCUCACAUAAGAAAGAGCGCCUCAGACUCUUGCGGCACAACAUAUAAAGCCAUUAAGAAAUUUACAGUGGAAGUAAUCGGGUUCGUUAUAAAGGCUUGUAUGAACAUGUCAAAUUUCUUGGUAUCCGAGUAUACUUAUGGUAAAGCAACUACGGAAUUAGCAUACUGCUUUAGUUAUCCUAAAUGGACUGCUUGA